AUGCCAGACCGUCUCGGAAAUCUAACUUUUCAGAUGUCAAGACGGAGCGCCGCUCGGAUGUCAGCGAGUACCAGGACCAGUAAUGAACAGUUUCCUGAUGAUGCGAGCACAGUCAACUUCCAGGAAAUAUUAGAAGAAAUGAAUGACGCCGAUCGGGACACCGGAGAGCGAUUAAGACGACAUUUACAGUUUUUCUUCAUGAAUCCGCUCGAGAAAUGGAGGGUUCGGCGACAAUUUCCAUACAAAUUAGCCCUUCAAGUGUUGAAAAUUAUUUUCGUCACCCUUCAACUGAUUCUUUUUGCUGAAAUGAGGAUGUCUCAUGUAGAUUUUAUGGAGGACACCAACACUGUGAUGCGACAUAAGUUCCUUAAGGAGUGGAAUGACGACAGGGAUGCCUUACAGUAUCCUCCUGCUGAGGGUAGAUAUUCAGUUUAUGACGGGCAAGGAAUUUUCGAUCACCUGAGUUUUAUAAUUGGUUCGUAUUAUUCCAUACAGACGGAUUCGUUCGCCUCCUUCAGCUACGAUGUACAUAGACCACCAAAACCUGAAAAUGCCACGGAUGAUCCUUCACUCACAGCUGGUGUCGAAUUCAAUACUAUUCCGUACAUAGAGGUGUGUGUGGAUAGAAUCAACAGUGUUACUGUAAACAAUAACACUUAUGAAUUCGACAUAACAGAUGUACAUGCAUGCAUGCUCUUGAACUUGACCAAGCAAGAGGUAGAUAAUAUUCGUGCGGAUUCCAACGCUGUGGCCAAGGCUUUCGAGGCCAGAGGUGUAACGUUCAAGUCCGAGGACGCAUUGAUCAUUUCGAAGGCAUCUCUUAUUUUCAAACUUCGGACCAUCCAUUUCAGCCCUAAGUCUGGUGAUCAGAAACCAGAAUGUUACAAAAUUGCGGUAACGAUUGUCUUCGACAAUUCUCGGCACACGGGGCAAGUGCACGUGUAUCUGUCUACUGUGAUCUCCUAUGUUAAUGUGUGCAAUGGUCGAGUAAUUAAAGGAGUUGGAACGAACCUUGAUACGUUGAUUAUGGGCAUCACAGAUGUAAUUGUUUUGCUGUUGUGUAUAUUUUCGCUUAUCCUGUGCUUCAGGGCCUUAGUGAAAGCUCAUUUGUUGAAAAACAAAGCAAUGGAUUAUUUUGAGAAUAUGUUCAAAAUAAAAAUGUCAAUUUCUGAUCAGCUGGACUUCCUCAAUCUUUGGUAUGUGAUGAUUGUCAUCAACGACGUUCUUAUCAUUGUUGGAACGUUGAGUAAAAUUUCCAUAGAGUUCCGUGAUUUUGACAACUCAAUUUUCACGCUUACGGGAAUUUUGCUGGGCAUGGGCGCUCUUCUGGUCUACGUUGGUGUGCUUCGUUACUUUGGGUUCUUUAACCAAUAUAACAUCCUCAUCCUCACUUUGAAGAAAUCCAUUCCGAGCAUGGCACGGUUCAUGUCCUGUGCUGUUGUUUUAUACGUCGGAUUCUUGAUUGCUGGUUGGGUCAUUAUUGGACCCUAUAGCAUGAAGUUCCGAACCGUAGGAGAGUCAUCUGAAGCUUUGUUUUCUCUGAUGAAUGGAGACGACAUGUUUGCGACUUUUUACACUAUCAACGACUCAAACACCGUUAUUAAGGUGUUUGGAACUGUCUACAUUUACUGUUUUGUGUCGAUGUUCAUCUAUGUUGUACUAUCUUUGUUUAUUGCAAUAAUAAUGGAUGCUUAUGAGGUUGUGAAGGAUCGCUACUCUUACGGGCUGUCUGUGGAGCGUUCUUCACUGAAAGAUUUCGUUGCAACGGCACCGGCUCCAGGAGCGUUGAACUCACCGUCAACGCAGGCACAAUAUGCGCCCUCGGCGCUUUUGAACCUCGGUCGGUAG